AAAUUGCUCAAAAUUCAUGAAACAUUUGUAAUUAAAAAAAUUGAAUAUGAAUUCAGAAACCACUGUUAUUGAAACCAGAUUACCCCGGCCAGUUGGAUUGGGAAAUGGACCUGUGGCCUGUUAAGUUUUAUUAUUGGAUUGGGUUUUGAUUUCAUCAAACUGACCUUGAACUGGAUUCAAUCAGUAAGAACCGUCUCCAACUGAACCAUUCUGUUAGGUUCAACGAAAAUCAGGCCAGCUGGCCUGCUUCUGCAGUCAUGCGUCCUGUCACUAUAAUGCAUAACUCACUGUAGGCUUCUGUCAAUGUCACUUCUGUGCAAGGAGGAAAAUGCAAAAUGGCAUCCUUAGGAAUCAACCCAUGACUGUGUAGCUUGCAAUGGGAAGUUCCACCAUUAUGCCAUGAUAGUCAUUUAUUAUGCAUAUGGCAAAGAUAAAACAUAUACCUAAGCUUAACUAUUUACAUUAUAAUUUAUACUACUUCAUACAAUUUUAACCACUGGCUUACCAGCUCGACCAGUGAGCCAUCAAUCCAGUACCCUUGUUGAGUCAAUCGCCUGUCUAAGUUUGAUAACAUUGUUAGAAACAACAAAACACACUAAAAAGAGAAAAAAAGAAAAAGGGCGGAAAAAUGGGCCAGACAGUGAGCAGGCAGACAAAGCAACAUAAGGGGAAAACAAAAACAGAAUCUGGAUUCACCGGAAACAGUCAUGUGCUUGCCAGAAAAUGCAGGUGCUGGCUGGUAAACAUGGGUAAGAAGCCUGAAUCAAACACAGGAGGCAGAGCAUCACACAAAGAGUUGAACAAGGUCGUGAGUGGACCAAGAAGUGCUGGUGUUAUUGGUGAACGGGGAUCAAGAGAAAAUUCUACUUCUGAAUGGUCACAAAGGGAAGAUAGUAUUAACUGGUAUGAUCAGAAUGCUUAUGAUAGUGAAGGUUCUACAGAUGGCAAAAGAUGGUCAUCACAGCCUCAUUCUUCCCUAGCCCAUUUACAUGAUUCAAAGCCCUUGUACAGAACAUCUUCUUAUCCCGAGCAGCAAAGGCAGGAGCAACACUACCACCUCCAACAUUGCUCUAGUGAACCAGUUCCUAACUGGUUUGAUCAGCAUAUUUACGACACAGAAACUGCUCAUGAUCAUGAUGGCAAACGAUGGUCAUCACAGCCACAUUCCUCUGUUGCGCAUUUACAAGAAUCAAAGCCCUUGUACAGAACAUCUUCAUAUCCUGAAAAACAACAGGAGCUUCCUCGUUUUUCUAGUGAACCAAUUUUGGUACCAAAGUCUUCAUUCACUUCUUAUCCUCCCCCUGGUGGUCUAUCUCAGCUGGGUUCUCCAAGCCAUAGUACAGGACACUUGAACAUUCCUUAUCAUACUGGAGCAGCUCAGAUGGUGCUAUCAUCUCAAAAUCGUUCUCAUUUCUCUAAUUCUGCACUACAGCCGAGUGCAUUAAAUCUUGGGUCACAUUUUGGUGUAAGCACACGCCAAUUUCCUACUGGUUCCCAUCAUAAUCAGCGAAUACAGAAUCAAUUGGUCAACCAGGCAGGGUUGUAUCCUGGAGAUCAUUCAAAUCUCCUUAAUAAUAUGUUACAGCAACAAUUACACCUUCAUAAUGGAUCAGUAGCUCCUCACUUGAUGACUCAAUUACAACAACAGCAGCAUAGACUGCAUCAUCCUGGUCAGCGAUCUGCAGGCUACUUAUCAGGCUUCCAGUCUCAUUUAUUCAAUCCCCGCCCUUCCUCUGGCUCAUCUGUAAUCAGCAAAUAUGAACAUAUGCAUGGAAUUACCGAUGGUAGAGAUCAUAAACCAAAAUCAACUCAUAAAGGUAAACACAGUCUUCGUUUUUCCCUACAUGGUUCUGAUGCCAGUAGCCAAAAGAGUGACAGUGGUUCAUUUCAGUUUCGGUCCAAGUAUAUGACAAGUGAUGAAAUAGAGAGCAUUCUUAGAAUGCAACAUGCUGUGACUCAUAGUAAUGACCCAUAUGUAGAUGACUAUUACCACCAAGCUUGUCUGGCAAAAAAACCUAAUGUGGCUAAGUUAAAACAUCCAUUUUGCCCAAGCCAAAUAAGGGAAUAUCCUCCACGAUCCCGUGCUAAUACUGAGCCACAUUCAUUUGUUCAGAUUGAUGCCCUAGGGAGGGUUUCAUUUUCUUCUAUUCGCUGUCCUCGCCCUCUUCUUGAGGUUGACCCUCCAAACACUUCUAGCUCUGAUCAAAAGAUUUCAGAGAAGCCUCUUGAGCAGGAACCUAGGUUUGCUGCUAGAGUCACAAUUGAGGAUGGUCUUUGUCUUCUUCUUGAUGUGGAUGAUAUUGAUCGUUACCUACAGUUUAAUCAGCCACAAGAUGGUGGAACACAUUUAAGACGAAGAAGGCAAGUCCUGUUGGAAGGACUAGCAACUUCACUUCAACUUGUUGACCCACUGGGAAAGAAUGGACACAAAGUUGGGCUUGCUGCUAAGGAUGAUCUUGUUUUCAUUCGGUUGGUAUCUCUUCCCAAGGGACGUAAGCUCCUUGCAAAGUAUCUUCAGUUGCUUCCUCCUGGAAGUGAGCUUAUGAGGAUAGUCUGCAUGACCGUAUUUCGUCAUUUAAGAUUCUUAUUUGGUGGUCUCCCCUCAGAUCCGGCAGCUUUAGAGACUACAAAUAACCUUGCCAAGGUUGUUUGCCAAUGUGUCCGAGGAAUGGAUCUUGGUGCUCUUAGUGCCUGCCUUGCUGCAGUUGUUUGUUCUGCAGAGCAGCCUCCUCUACGCCCCAUUGGAAGCACCUCUGGAGAUGGUGCUUCCCUUGUUUUAAUAUCCGUUCUUGAGAGGGCUACUGAAGUUCUAACUGAUCCACAUGCUGCUUGCAACUUCAAUAUGGGUAAUCGUUCAUUUUGGCAGGCCUCAUUUGAUGAAUUUUUUGGCCUUCUCACUAAGUAUUGCAUGAAUAAAUAUCAUAGUAUCAUGCAAUCCAUGCUUAUACAAAGUACCUCCAAUGUGGAUGACAUUGGACCAGAUGCUGCCAAAUCUAUUGGUAGAGAAAUGCCUGUCGAACUCUUGCGUGCUAGCCUCCCUCACACUGACGAGCACCAGAGGAAGUUAUUGCUGGAUUUUGCUCAACGUUCUGUUCCUGUGGUAGGAUUUAACAGCAACACUGGGGGUAGUGGCGGUCAUGUGAACUCAGAAACAGUGCUAAGUUGAUGGAUCUACAUCAGAAGUUCACUUGUUGAUUAUGGUUUUCAGGUUGAUGAUCACACCGAUGUCGUAAGGACAACCUUGGAUCUGUUCAAGUACAUCUGGAGAAAAAUCUUAAAUGUGGAGAGUGCGAGUUGCCGAGUUGCAUCUAUGAUGGAGGCUUCUGCCUCACCCUUAAUUGUCUACUUGUCAUAAUGUGCAGCUUUGUGAUAAAUUUGCAAUCAGGCCUUUUAUGUCGGGCCCGGCUUGAUCUGUUCCUCAUGUCUUUUCUUUUUCUUGACAGGGGAGCUUAUAUAAUUGUUACUAUGUGUGGCUGGUAGGGACACAGUAGUUGUUAGCAUGUACAGGUUUAGGACAUAUUUGGUUCCCAUGUUUCCUUAUUAUAUAUAGAAGGAUGGGGAUGGAUGGGUUGUACUCAUCAUAUCUUUGAUAGAACCGUUCUGCUGAAACGGUAAGGGCCAUUGAGGGGGUGCAAAUUUCACUGAGACACAGGUUGACCAGUUGGCAAUGGCAUGCUGACAUUCAAAGGAACACUGGUGAAGAAUAAGUCAUGUUGAACUUGUUGCAUAAUUUAUCUUUUGCACUUGAGUUGUCAAUUUGUAGAUAUGUGUUCUUAUGGAUUCCCUAACAUGAGAGUAUUUAGUUUUUUUCCUUCACUGUUUCUCUCUCUGACUUUGGCAUUGUUUUCUUUGGAAAUUUGCUGAGGUUCGUUGUUCACUUGCUCCUUUUCCUAUCUGGAAAUAUAAUUAAGUGGCCACUUUGAUGAUGGAUGGUUGAAAA